UGGUUGUGUGAUGCACAAGCAUUUCGGGCGUUCAUCGCGUUCAUUGACGUUCUGUGGCGCUUGGCUGCUGUGUAAAGAUAGUUCAAAAUUUUGAAUAAUAAAUAAAAUUGAAAGUAGACGAUAGUUACAACGUGACAAAAUGAGUAAUUCAACUAUUUCUGAUCAAUCCCUCAUGGAUAAAUCCAUGCGUAGCGUAUUCGUCGGGAAUAUCCCGUACGAAGCUACAGAAGAAAAUUUAAAGGAUAUAUUCAGUGAAGUGGGUCCCGUUUUAUCUUUUAAGCUGGUAUUUGAUCGAGAGACAGGAAAACCAAAAGGCUAUGGGUUCUGUGAAUAUAAAGAUCAAGAGACAGCUCUUAGCGCUAUGAGAAAUCUCAAUGGUUAUGAAAUUGGUGGACGAACAUUACGUGUAGAUAAUGCAUGCACAGAAAAGAGUCGUAUGGAAAUGCAAAGCCUUUUACAAGGACAGAAUACAGAGAAUCCAUAUGGAGAAGCUGUACAGGCUGAUAAAGCUCCAGAAGCAAUAAGUAAAGCUGUUGCCUCAUUGCCACCUGAACAGAUGUUUGAACUAAUGAAGCAGAUGAAAUUGUGCGUUCAGAACAAUCCAAAUGAAGCUCGGCAGAUGUUGCUACAAAAUCCUCAGCUUGCCUAUGCAUUGCUUCAAGCUCAAGUCGUUAUGAGGAUAGUUGAUCCUCACACUGCAGUGAAUAUGUUGCAUAAAGCGAAUCCUAUUCCAGGAGUAAUAAUGCCUUCAGAUAAACCAGCAAUGCAUCCUAUAGUACCACGGAUAGAGGAACCAUGGGCUCCGAGUAGACCUGUGCCUGCUGCCAAUCCUACAGCUCCUAUCUUUGCUGGACAAGAUGUAGAUCUUCGUACAUUGGACAGACAAAUUGAUCCAAGAUUGGCUAGGAUGGAUCAAGAUCUGAGAGGUCCUCCACAAAGUCAACCCACACCUGUAAAUGCUCCUCCUGUUAUUCCACCUGUAGCAGAUUCCAGGGGACCAGGUUUCAAUCUACCUGAUAUCACUCUUCCUGCGGAGGGAGUUGAGAGUUUUUGUCGCGAUCCGAGAGCCGACCGCUUCGGUCGUGAUCCACGAGAUCCGCGUGAUCCAAGGGUGCCGGUGGAUCCAAGAAUUACCAAAGCCACUCCAGCACCAGCACCAGUUGCACCUCCUGCUGUUCCGCGACCUGUAGUAGCUCCAGUGGUACCUCCUGUUGUAGUACCAAACGUAACUACAACGGGACCGUCACUGGCUCUGGCGACCUCCAGUAGCAGUGCUACUUCUAGACUGAUGGCUGGUAUGUCACCAGCUGGAAAUAUACCAAGCGGUGCAUCCGAUCAAGAAAAGGCUGCUUUGAUAAUGCAAGUAUUGCAAUUAUCAGACGAACAGAUUGCAAUGCUACCACCUGAACAAAGGCAGAGUAUUCUUGUGCUGAAGGAACAAAUUGCAAAGAGUACGCAACGUUAACGAGUUGGUGGUAAAUUAAAUAAGUAAUUACUGUGUAUACAGCACGUGGUAUAUAUACUGUUACUAUAUACUAUUCUAAGCCUGAGACAGUUGUAUGAAAAAUAAAAUAUAAAUUCAUAACAAGGUU